AUGGCGGCUUCGCGGGUGCCGGACCGGAGGGAGCGCCGAGCGGGAGGGCGAGAGGCUGCCGCCGGGGAGGCGACUUGCGGUCUGGCCAUGGAAGCUGAGAGCGAAGUGGAGAGCAGCAGCGAUGCAGCCCCUCGGCCGGAGCGGCAGGAGGAGCCCUCUGAGAGCGGCCUUGGCAUGGAGACCUCAGAGGCCGUGUCUGCAGACAGCAGCGAUGCUGCCCUGCUGCCAAUCACUCUCUCGGAAGCAGAUGAGUCCGGAGUUGGCCAGAGCUCUGACAGCGGAGGCGUCUCUCUGGCCGAGGUGUCUGAGAGCAGCAGCUCCAGCAGAGACGCCCUGCCUAGGGCCUACCUGCCCGACUCCUCCUCCCUCGCACAGUCCGCUCUGAUCUCCAGCAUCUCGGCUGCUGCAAGUCAGUCCCUCCUGAUCUCGCAGUCCCCUCAAGGCCUCGUUCACUCCAGUGUGCUGGCGGAAGGCGCUGCCGUGGUGUCGGAUUCCACGGCCUCCACCUCCUCUGACCUGGGCUCCACCAUAGACAAGAUCAUAGAGUCCACCAUUGGGCCAGACAUCAUCCAGAGGUGCAUUGCUGUGACGAGUGAAGAGGAUGGAGGGGCGCAAACAACUCAGUACCUCAUCCUGCAGGGGCCAGAUGAUGGCGCACCUGUGAUGUCUCACCUGGCCAGCUCGAGCUUGGCUCCUGGCUUGUCCGUGGAGUCUUUGGUGGACGGCCCCACCUCCACAUGCGCAGAGCCCCCAGCCCCGUUGGAGCAGCCAGCCCCCUUGGUCCCAUCCGGGGAGCCUGACUUGGAGGCCCUGGAGGAGCUGAUGGAGGUGGUGGUGGUGCAGCAGUUCAAGUGCAAGAUGUGCCGCUACAAGAGCAGCAUCAAGCAGACCCUCCUCCACCACAUGCGGGAGCGGCACUUCCAGCCGGCUGCAGCCGCUGGCUUGAAAAGGGGGCGCCCGCGUAAGGGGGUUUCUGUUCAAAAGCCCCCUGCAAUAGCGAAGCCAGAGGAGGAAGAAGAAGAGGACGAUAUUGUGGAUGCUGGUGCUCUGGAUGACCCAGAAGAUGACAGUGACUACAACCCAGCUGAGGACGAGCCCCGUGGGCGGUUGCCCAAGCUCAACCACCCUGUUCCCUCCUCCAGUGAAGAACGGCCACGCCGGCGUCCAGGAAGGCCCCGCAAGCUCCCCCGCCUGGAGUCUGUCCCUCAGCUAGAAGGUGAUGGGAUGGAUCCUGUGGUCUCCUCGCAGUGUGCCCCUCGGGGAGACCCGCAGGGUGCAGAGGCAGCCAGCUCCUCCGUUCCGGCCCCCGCUGCUGGAAGCCGUGUCGCAGAGCCAGCCGUCAGCCAGUCUGACUGCGAGAACAGAGACCCCACCUCUCACGAGGAAGUGGAGCAGGUUCCCCGCCGGCGAGGGCGGCCCUCCCACCGUUUCCUGGGCAAGAAGUUCUGCAAGUACCUCGGCCGCAGGUACUGCUACAAGUCUGCCAAGCCCCUGAUGCGCCCCUUCCUCUGCCGGAUCUGUGGCUCCCGCUUCCUCACGCACGAGGACCUCCACUUCCACGUCAACUCCCAUGAGGCCGGCGAUCCUCAGCUCUUCCGCUGCCUCCAGUGCAGCUACCGCUCCCGGCGCUGGUCGUCUCUGAAGGAGCACAUGUUCAACCACGUGGGCAGAAAGCCAUACAAGUGCGAGGAGUGUGACUACACCAGCGUCUACAAGAAGGACGUCAUCCGCCACUCCGCGGUGCACAGCCGGGACAAGAAGAAGCGAGCCGACCCGCCCCCCAAGCGGAACUCCUUCCCUUGCCCCGUCUGCAGCCGUGUCUACCCCAUGCAGAAGCGCCUCACCCAGCACAUGAAGACCCACAGUGCUGAAAAGCCCCACAUGUGUGACAAGUGCGGGAAGUCCUUCAAGAAACGCUACACCUUCAAGAUGCACCUCUUGACCCACAUUCAGGCCAUCGCCAACCGCCGGUUCAAGUGUGAGUUCUGUGACCACGUCUGCGAAGACAAGAAGCUGCUCCUCAACCACCAGCUCCUGCACAUCAACGACAAGCCCUUCCGCUGCGGCCUCUGCGCCUACGCCACGGUGCGCGAGGACUUCCUGCUCUCCCACAUGGCCGUCAAGCACACGGGAGGCAAGCCCUUUGCCUGUGAGUUCUGCCACUUCACCACCAAGCACAAGAAGAACCUGCGCCUCCACGUCCAGUGUCGACAUGCAGAGAACUUGGAGGAGUGGGUACAGAGGCACCCGGAGGAGCCCCCUUGCCGCCGCCGCCCCUUCUUCACUCUCCAGCAGAUCGAGGAGCUGAAGCAGCAGCACCGACAGGGCCAGCCAGCCGCGCCCAGCCCACCACAGGCCACCUCUCAGCCAGCGGGAGCACCGCCUGACCUGGAGCCUCCCCUCCUCGCCCCGGAGCCGCUGGAGGGGGCCACCGUCAUCUACGAGGCAGGCGUAGAAGGCUCCGCCAAGCUGGCCACGCAGACUGCACUGGACCUCUUGCUGAACAUGAGCAGCCAGAGAGACCUGCCUGGCAUCGCGCUUGGAGAACAGGUGGCCAUUGUAAAAGUUGUCGCCCUGGUGAAGGCCUCCGAAGGCCAGGCCCCGCCGAAAGGGGGGGAGGUGCUGACUCUGCGUGUGGCGGAGCAGGGGGAGGCCCUGGCACAGGAGGCGUACGAGGAGACGGCCCUGGGCAGCGCGGAGCUCCAGCAGGUCACUAUCCCCUUCAGCAGCACGACGGAAUACAGCAUCAUCACCCCAAGCGGGGACGCCAGCAGCAGCGCCCUGUACAGCGAGGAGAGUCCCGGCGAGGCUGUCCAGGCAGUGAUCCGAGACACCCUGACGGACAUCAUGGCCCCCCCAGGGGGCAUCCCCGCUGCUGCUGCAGAGGUGAGGGAGGGGGGGUUGACGGGGGAGGUGGUGGCGGCUCCCGCUGGUGUCCGGUGGCCCCUGGUGCAGCGCUUGACGUGGCAGCCCCAGAAGGCCGUGGCACUGGCCCCCGAGACCCAGGAGGAGGCCUCCCCCAAGAAGCUGCCCCCCAAGAAGCUGCCGGGCAAGGCCUCCUCCUCCUCCUCCUCGGGCAAGAAGUUCUCCUGCAAGAUCUGCGCAGCCACUUUCGCCGGCCGGGCCGAGAUGGAGAGCCACAAGCGGGCUCACGUCGGCCCCAGCGCCUUCAAGUGCCCCGACUGCCCCUUCACAGCCCCCGCGUGGCCAGAUGUCCGGAGACACAUGGAGCAGCACGCCAGCCUCCGGCCCCACAAGUGCCCCCACUGCAGCUUCGCCUCCAAGAACAAGAAGGACCUGCGGAGGCACACCCUGACCCACACCAACGAGAAGCCCUUUUCGUGCCACGUCUGCGGGCAGAGGUUCAACCGCAACGGCCACCUCAAGUUCCACGUGCAGCGGCUGCACAGCGCUGAAGGGAAGCCGACGGCAGAGCCCGCCCCCAGCCCCCCCCAGACUAUCAUCCUAAACAGCGACGAGGAGACCUUGGCCACCCUGCAGACCGCUCUGCAGUCCAGCCAGGCCCUGCUGUCUCCGGAGAGGCUCCACCAGGCUCUGGGACAAGAGCACAUCAUCAUGACCCAAGAGCAGAGCGGCCCCGACCAGGAGGAGGCCGCCUACAUCCAGGAGAUCAUGACGACGACGGCCGACGGGCAGAUGGUGCGGCACCUGGUGGCGGCAGAAAAGCAGGUCCAGUACAUCAUCACUCAGGAUGGCAUUCAGCACCUGCUGCCCCACGAGUACGUUGUCCUGCCUGAGGGACAUCAUAUCCAGGUGCAGGACGGGCAGAUCACUCACAUCCAGUACGAGCAAGGCGGCCCUUUUGUGCAGGAGCCCCAGAUCCAAUACGUCCCUGUGUCACCUGGGCAGCAGCAGCUCGUCACGCAGGCUCAGCUGGAGGCGGCCGCCCACUCUGCAGUGACAGCAGUGGCAGAUGCCGCAAUGGCUCAGGCCACUCUGGCCACAGACGGGGCCACAGAACAGCUCCACCAGCUGCAGCCUGGCAUCCAUUACGACAUCAUCACGCUGGCAGACUAGGGAGGGCAAGAUUUUCUCUUCCACGAAGCGCAGGGCGGGACAGCUGACCCUCUGGUUGUGAGCAGCGGGGCUGGCGGAGCUCCCGAAUCGUGCCUUCUGCAAUUCCCCGGCCCGGGCCGGCUGCUGUCCUCUGGGAGACAACCGCAGCAUGAAAUCGGCGGGGCAGCAGCGGCCGACCCGGCCUGGUGCUGGCUGGGCGGGGCCCACGGAGAGGCGCUAGACUGUAAGGGAGGGGGCAGCCGUGGUCCCCUCCUGGGCAGCAGGCUUGCUGGCUUUUUGGUUUCCAAAUAAAGUCACGGAACUGUC